AUGAGUGCACCAGACCGACCUCGUGUUCUGCUCCGGGUCUAUGGCAUAGGCGCUGAACAACUCGUCGAUCGACAGCACGAGCUAGAAUGGUUGGCCAGAUUAUCACGCAUGAGCACCAGCUUGAGCCCGCAGCUCUUGGCUAAGUUCGGUAAUGGCCGGUUCGAAGAAUACCUCGAAUCGACGACGUUGACGCAUGCUGAUCUACACAACCCUGACAUUUCCUGUCAGAUCGCUCAGUGUCUGAGAGAGUUGCAUGAUGUCACUGAAGAAUAUCCACCGCCGACAGAAAACUGUCGUGUGGAAGUUUGGCGUAACAUAUCCCAAUGGUAUGCCUAUGCCCGUGAAUUGCUGAACCAAGAGGAGUGGAAAGAGAAGUUGAAGCCGUUGGCGUUGGAUACCGCGCUGCCCAAGGAAAUUGAACUGUGUAAGGCGUAUAUGCACAGACAAGAUGUGCCACAAUCACCCGUCAUUUUUACACACAAUGAUGCUCAAUAUGGCAAUGUACUACGAGUUGAGAAAACUGGCGAGUUGGUGCUUGUGGAUUUCGAAUAUGCCGGAUACAAUCCACGAGGAUUCGAUAUUGCCAACCAUUUUUCUGAAUGGAUGUACGAUUACCAUGGUCCCAGUCCUGCUAGCUAUGAUGUUGACAAAUACCCUACCGAAGAAGAGCAGUUACGCUUUAUUACGGCAUACAUCGAAGCUGGUGAUGACGCUAAUAAGGAUUUGCUAGACCCAAAGGAAUUGCAACAAGAUGCUUUGCGGUGGGCGAUGGUGGUCCAUUUACAUUGGUCUUUGUGGGGUCUGGUUCAGGCCAGUCAAAGUGAGAUCGAUUAUGAUUACUUCUUGUACUUUACUGAACGCUUGAAAGGGUUCAGAAAAGGUCUUGAGAGAGCACUCGAACAAAACACAAAUAGUAGUAGCGCAUAA